GCACUGGCCAGUGGAGGUAUCAGAACGAGCGGCAGAUGGCCCAUCGAACCGGGGCCUCCGGCAAUUGGUCGGUCCACGGGAACCAGCCGGAGCGCGGGCGGAAGAACGACGAGCUGACAGAUGAGGAGAAGGAGAUCAUCAACAGUGUCAUCGCUCGAGCGGAGAAGAUGGAGGAGAUGGAGCAGGAACGCAUCGGGCGUCUCAUGAAUCGCCUGGAGGACAUGCGCCGGAACGUGGCGGGCGAUGGAGUCAACCGCUGCAUCCUGUGCGGGGAGCAGUUUGGCCGCCUGGGGUCUGCGUGCGUGGUGUGUGAAGACUGCAAAAAGAACGUCUGCACCAAAUGCGGCAUCCAGACGACCAACAACCGCCCCCAUUCCAUUUGGCUGUGCAAGAUUUGCAUCGAACAGAGAGAGGUGUGGAAACGCUCUGGGGCUUGGUUCUUCAAAGGCAUGCCGAAGCAAGUGCUCCCGGAACCGAUGCCCAUCACCAAGAGCAAGCAGCAAGCUGCGCCCAGCGAAUCGGCCCCGCCUGCUCAGGACCCGAAGCCCUACUCCCGCCGGCAGACCCCAGGCCAAGGUGAAGCGUCGCCUCCUCCCCCUCCCCCUCCUCCCACUGAGCAGGAAUCUUAUGGCAAUGAGCCAACAGCAGUUGCUUCCAGUCGGGGAAAUUAUCCACAAGUUAACCGCAAACCUGCCGAGGGCAGAAUGGCUCCUAGUGGCAGCGAGUACGCCAAGGAGGGCGCGGAAAGCCGAGGCUACUCUGGAGAGACCGAAGCCACCAGAAGCCCUGGAGGUGUAAGACGGGCCAAUUCUGUCCAAGGUUCCAGUGCCAGGCCACCUCCUCCGGCUUCGAACCAGAGUCCAUCCGCCCAGCUGGCAGACCAAGGUGGUCUGUCAAUGGCUCCCUCUCAAGCAGACCCCACUUUUGCUACUCCUGGGGCCACCCGGGAUGACAGAGCAGGGCCAGGGUACUCAGCACCUGUGGCCAGAGAGGAGAGGCCAAUGAGGCAGGUGUCACCGUAUAGCCAAGCCGCUGUGCCAGCUGCUCCACCACCUUCCCGACAGCCUCCUCCAGAGGAGGAAGAGGACGAGGCCAACAGCUAUGACUCCGAUGAAGCAACCACUUUGGGAGCUUUGGAAUUCAGCCUCUUGUACGACCCGGAGAAUAGCUCUUUGCACUGCGCCAUCAUCAAGGCGAAAGGGCUGAAGCCAAUGGACUCCAACGGGCUGGCUGAUCCAUACGUCAAGUUGCACCUGUUGCCAGGGGCCAGCAAGUCCAACAAGCUAAGGACCAAGACGCUGAGGAACACCCGGAACCCCACGUGGAACGAGACGCUGGUGUACCACGGCAUCACCGAGGAAGACAUGCAGCGGAAAACACUCAGGAUUUCCGUGUGCGACGAGGACAAAUUUGGCCACAAUGAAUUCAUCGGUGAGACGAGGGUGGCUCUGAAGAAGGUGAAACCCAACCAGAAGAAGAACUUCAGCAUCUGCCUGGAGAGAGUCAUACCGAUGAAGCGCGCAGGGACCACCGGCUCCUCCCGAGGAAUGGCCUUGUAUGAAGACGAGAUGGAUCCCGGGAACAACGUGGAGGAGCGAGGGAAGAUCUUGGUGUCCCUCAUGUACAGCACCCAGAAAGGAGGCCUCAUCGUCGGCGUUGUGCGCUGCGUCCACUUAGCGGCCAUGGAUGCCAACGGCUACUCUGACCCGUUUGUGAAAAUUUGCUUGAAGCCCGACAUGGGGAAGAAAGCCAAGCAGAAGACGCAGAUUAAAAAGAAGACUUUGAACCCCGAGUUUAACGAGGAGUUUUUCUACGAUAUCAAGCACAGCGACCUUGCCAAGAAAUCACUCGAUAUUUCAGUUUGGGAUUAUGACAUCGGCAAGUCCAACGACUACAUUGGUGGGUGCCAGCUGGGCAUCACAGCCAAAGGUGAACGCUUGAAACACUGGUACGAGUGUCUGAAGAACAAGGAUAAGAAGAUUGAGCGCUGGCACGCCUUACAGAACGAGAACCACGUGGCCAGUGAUUAGAAGGCUCCCCUUGCAUCCGCCCUCCUCCACCAACCCCACAGUAGAUUCCCGCCAUCUUGUCUUCCAACACAUUUGUGUUCCUUUUACUCUUGGGAAAAGAGACCCCUGUGAGCUCCUUUCCAGGAGUGGCCUCUCUCCACCACUCUCUUGCCAAGGAUAUAUGGUUCUAUUUUUUGUUUGUGUCAUGAUCCAUUUUUACUGCCCUGCUCCCCGGGCGGGUUGAUGUACAGAUUUUCGAGCAAUAGCCCAGCACUGAC